UCUCUCUCUCUUUCUCUCUCUAAGAUUGUUGCGUUGCGUUGCGUUGCUUGUUUUGGUGUGAUCUGAAACCAUUGACCCGAAACCGAUGGGCUCGUCUGUGAGAACCGUAGAGGGGAAGAUAAGCCAGAACGUCGUCGUAAUGAGGCACGGCGAUCGCAUUGACAACUUCGAGCCGCUCUGGUCGGCUUCUGCGGCUCGUCCUUGGGACCCACCCCUAGUUGAUGCUGGCUUGGUCCGAGCCUUCUGCACGGGCCGCAAGUUCCGGACCCAACUCGGCUUCCCGAUCCACCGUGUCUUCGUCUCCCCCUUCCUCCGCUGCCUCCAAACCGCCUCCCAAGUCAUCUCCGCCCUCUGCGCCGUCGAUGAUGUCGACCCCACCGUCAUGACCUCCGAUGGCCUCAAACUCGAUCCCUCCAAGCUCAAGGUCUCUAUUGAGUAUGGACUGUGUGAGAUGUUGAACAGGGAAGCCAUAAGACCUAACGUGGCUCCUAAAGAUGGAGAUUUUGGUUUCCAUACCUCAGAGCUUGAAGCAAAGUUACCUGCUGGGACAAUCGAUCACUCUGUGGAACCAGUGUAUGAAGAGUUGCCACGAUGGGAAGAGACAGUGAUUGGUGCGAGGCGUAGAUAUGCCCAAAUUAUUAGGGCCCUGGCAGAUAAAUUCCCUUCAGAAAAUUUGUUGUUUGUCACACAUGGGGAAGGAGUCGGGGUUGCGGUUUCUGAAUUCAUGAAGGACAUUAAUGUAUAUGAAGUAGAGUAUUGUGCAUACUCACACUUACAAAGAUCCGUCUCUGUUGGUGAGAACAAGUCAUUUACUGCCGGAGAAUUUGAGGUGCUCAUACACAAGACUCAAACCGGUAUCAGCUACUACCCAAGCAACAUGGACAAGGUCGGAGGUGAUCCUUUGGCUGAGAUAAUCCCCUCUUGAAGAAUUCCUUCAUCCAUUUAUUGUCACAUCAGAAUUCCUUUCGGGGACAUCCUACAUCCUCCUGGUGCUCCGCAGGUUUAACAAAAUUUGUUUGAUGGUGUCACGAUUAUUUCAAUAAUUACUUUAUCUAUUUUUGUUUUUGGUUUUUUUGGUUCAUUGUAUUUUUGGACAGCUGGUGAUUGAAAAUGUAUGAAUGUUGACAAUAAAAAUAAAUAGGUUGUUUUGCUCUUGAAAUGCAUCA